AACCUUCAUUAUCUAUGAUUCCUACUUGUUCUGGAUCCAAACAUCUCCAAAAGGGCUUUCUUUUCCUUUGACUCUUUCCUUUUUUUCAUUCUUAAUCCUCCAUGGGCAAAGGCGGUGGUUGUGUCCCGAGCAAGAAGAAACGUUCUUCCUCCGCUGAAGACGCCUCUCGCCGCCGUGGAUCCUCCACUACACUCUCCAACAACCCACCCAUCGCCUCCGAGGAAGAUGUCCGUGAAAUCCCUGCCGCGACGGUGAAUUCCACGAAUACCCAAUCGAAUUUAAAACUGUUCAUUGUUUUCUACUCUAUGUACGGUCACGUGGAGAAGUUGGCCAAGCGGUUGAAAAAAGGAGUCGAGGGAGUGGAAGGUGUUGAGGCAGUUCUUUUUCGGGUCCCCGAGACGCUUCCGGCUGAUGUGUUGGAGCUCAUGAAGGUGCCACCUAAAGACCCUGAGAUACCUGAGGUUACGGCGGCGGAAUUGGUGGAGGCGGAUGGGUUACUGUUCGGGUUUCCGACGAGGUAUGGGUGUAUGGCGGCUCAGAUGAAGGCGUUUUUCGACUCCACGGGUCAGCUCUGGAAGGAGCAGACGCUGGCUGGGAAGCCGGCUGGGUUCUUUGUUAGUACUGGAACUCAAGGAGGAGGCCAAGAAACCACAGCUUGGACAGCAAUAACCCAGUUGGCACACCAUGGAAUGCUAUUUGUUCCCAUUGGCUACACUUUCGGAGCUGGUAUGUUCAAGAUGGAUUCCAUACGAGGAGGUUCACCUUAUGGUGCUGGAGUUUAUGCCGGUGAUGGCACAAGAGAGCCAAGUGAAACAGAGUUGGCUCUUGCAGAGCAUCAGGGGAAGUACAUGGCUGGUGUGGUCAAGAGGCUGCUUUCUCAGGCAUGACAUACUCUUUUUUCCCCCUUGUUCAAUCUGUUCUUCAUUAAUUGAAUUGUGUUUGGUUUUGUGAAUUGGUCUUGGCAUUUGUACUGUUAGCACCCAUCAUGAAAGAUGUCACUAAUUAUUGGUAUCCACUUUCAGCUUUCAUGUUUGCCAAUUCCAUUCGAGAAAGAUGUACGUGAUUUGAUAUUCUUCCGUCUUGUCUUGUCUUAUCAUAUAAGAUGUCUAUAUGUGGGAAUUGGGAUUCCUGGUUUGUAUAAUUUUCUCCAUGUAAUUCACUUAAAAGUUUGAUUUUUAAUAAA